AUGUCCACACAUCAGUGCUAUCAUCUCUAGCCUGUCUAUCAAAAGAUGGCACCUUGCUUCUCUCUUAACAUUUCAUCAAUGCUUUUAUUUUCUGUCUUUGUUAGUUCAAUUAUGGCUGCUUCUGCAGGUAGUUUCUACCAAGACUUCGACUUAACCUGGGGUGAUCAUCGUGCAAAAAUACUGGAUGGAGAAAAGCUUCUCACUCUUUCUCUUGAUAAGGCCUCCGGCUCGGGCUUCCAAUCCAAAAAGGAGUAUCUGUUUGGAAAGAUUGACAUGCAACUCAAGCUUGUUUCUGGAAAUUCUGCAGGCACCGUCACUGCAUACUAUUUAUCUUCUCAAGGCCCAACACACGACGAGAUUGAUUUUGAGUUCUUGGGGAACCUUAGCGGAGACCCGUAUAUUCUCCAUACUAAUGUGUUUACGCAAGGGAAAGGGAAUAGAGAGCAGCAGUUCUACCUCUGGUUUGACCCAACAGAAAAUUUUCACACCUACUCUAUUAUAUGGAACCUCCAAAACAUCAUCUUCCUAGUAGACAACAUCCCAAUCAGAGAAUUCAAGAAUCAAGAAUCCAUUGGAGUUCCCUUCCCAAAGUCCCAACCCAUGAGGAUUUACUCAAGCCUGUGGAAUGCUGAUGACUGGGCAACAAGAGGCGGCCUCGUGAAAAUCGAUUGGUCUAAGGCUCCCUUCACAGCCUCCUAUAGAAACUUCAAUGCUGCAGCCUGCCUGUGGUCUCAUGGUUCAUCAUCCUGUGCUUCCAAGUUUACGAGUCCAGUCUCAAAUAUUGCAUGGCAGAACCAAGGAUUGGAUGCAAAAAGCCGAAGAAAACUUCAAUGGGUGCAGAAGAAUUACAUGAUAUACAACUAUUGUAGUGAUAUGAAGCGCUUCCCUGGGGGUCUCCCACUGGAAUGUCGACAUUAAUUCAGGUUCUCUUUAGAAAGAAUAUGUUGCUUCCUUUCGUACUUUGUAAGAAUCUAUUAAUGGUGGAAGGCUCGUUAGUGGGCUCCUUCGUUGUAAUAAUUCUAUUAGGAGGUUUCGUAACUCAUUAAAAUAAAUCAAAUUCUUCCAAUCAA